AUGAGCUGCUUGGUGGAGAACAGAGUAGACAGGCCGUCGAUGGGGGAUGUGGUUUGGGGGCUGGAGUUCGCCAAGGAGUUGCAAUGCGGCAGCGAGGAGCGGGUGAAGGGAUCCUAG